CGCGGGCUCGGGCGGGAUGCGCGCCCCAGUCGCGGCGCUGCUGAUCCCGGGAGCCAUGCUGUGGGCGGCGGGGCCGGCCGUGCGGAGGCUCAGCACCUCGGCGAUUCACUACCAGAACAAGCUGAAGGUAGCUUUAAUCGGCCAGAGUUUGUUCGGGCAGGAGGUCUACAGCGGCCUGCGGAAGGAGGGACACAAAGUGGUCGGCGUGUUCACGGUGCCUGAUCGAGAUGGGAAGGCUGACCCUUUGGCGGUUGCUGCAGACAAGGAUGGGAUCCCGGUCUUCAAGUUCCCCAGAUGGAGGCUGAAGGGGAAACCUAUUACUGAUGUUGUUGAAGCCUAUAAAUCUGUCGGAGCAGAGCUAAACGUGCUCCCGUUCUGCAGCCAGUUUAUCCCUAUGGACGUCAUUAAUCACCCGCGGCAUGGAUCAAUAAUCUACCACCCGUCACUGCUUCCUCGCCACAGGGGUGCAGCUGCUAUAAACUGUGAAGGAUGCCUAGGAAAGCUUCUGGGAAAGGAGGCAGAGUUGUUGAAAAUCCCAUCCACGUUGCCACCGUCUGUGGUUGGGAUACAGAUUCUUGCGGAGUUUGUCACUGGAUUGAUGACGAUCCCUGGGAGAGAACCUCCAGAUGAUGGACUGGACACGGGCCCCAUUCUGCUGCAGAGGCAAUGUGAUGUGGACCCAAACGAUACCGUGGAUUCACUGUACAACCGCUUCCUGUACCCGGAGGGAAUAACCGCAAUGGUGGAAGCGGUACAGCUGAUUGCCGACGAGAAGGCACCCCGUGUCGCUCAGCCCGAAGACGGAGCGACGUACGAAGGGAUCCAGAGGAAAGAGAAUUCCAAGAUUUGCUGGGACCAGUCAGCAGAGUCCAUCCACAACUGGAUCCGUGGCCACGAUAAAGUACCUGGAGCUUGGACAGUCAUCGAUGGGCAGGUGGUCACUUUGUACGGUUCAUCCAUGUAUAAAGGUGCAGUCCCUUCAGGACAGCCGUUGGAGAUCAGUGGGGCCAGUAAGCCUGGCCUGGUAACCACCAAUGGACUGCUACUCUUUGGCAACGAUGGAAACAUGCUGGUGGUCCGAAACCUUCAGUUCGAAGAUGGGAGAAUGAUUCCUGCCUCCAAGUAUUUCUCUGCUGGUGACACGGUCGCUGUGGAGCUGACGGAUGAAGAGAAGAAAGUUGCUGAAGAUAUAAGGGCUAUCUGGAAAUCCAUUCUGAGCAACGUUGCUGUCAUUGAGGACUCCACGGACUUUUUCAAAUCUGGAGCAGCUUCCAUGGACGUGGUCAGGUUGGUCGAAGAAGUCAAACAGAAAUGCAGCGGCCUGCAGCUGCAAAACGAAGAUGUUUACAUGGCGGCCAAGUUUGAGGAUUUCGUUCAGGUGGUUGUGCGGAAGCUGAGAGGAGAGGAUGAGGAAGAGGAGCUAGAGGUGGAUUAUGUUACCAAGGAUGUAAAUGAUAUGACCGUGAAGAUGCCCCACCAGUGCUUUAUUGACGGCCGGUUUACCGACUCCGAGGACGGAAAGACCUACGAUACCAUCAAUCCCACCGAUGGCUCGGUGAUCUGCCAAGUGUCCUAUUCAUCAGUUGCUGAUGUGGAUAAAGCUGUGGCAGCAGCAAAAGAUGCAUUUGAGAACGGACAGUGGGGGAAGAUGAAUGCAAGAGACAGAGGGAGACUGCUGUACCAGCUGGCAGACCUGAUGGAAGAGCAUCAGGAAGAGCUGGCCACCAUCGAGGCCAUCGACUCCGGGGCCGUCUACACGCUCGCUCUGAAGACCCACGUCGGAAUGUCCAUUCAAACAUUCAGAUACUUCGCAGGAUGGUGCGACAAGAUUCAGGGCUCAACAAUCCCCAUUAACCAAGCACGCCCCAACCAUAACUUGACAUACACGAAGAAGGAGCCUCUGGGGGUGUGUGCGAUCGUCAUUCCCUGGAAUUACCCCCUCAUGAUGCUGGCAUGGAAGAGUGCAGCCUGCCUGGCUGCCGGGAAUACCUUGGUGCUGAAACCGGCACAGGUGACCCCACUCACGGCGCUGAAGUUUGCCGAGUUGGCUGCACGAGCCGGCAUUCCCAGAGGAGUCAUCAACAUCCUUCCCGGCUCAGGUGGCCUGGUAGGACAGCGGUUGUCCGAACACCCUGACAUCCGCAAACUGGGCUUCACGGGAUCCACUCCCAUCGGGAAACAGAUCAUGAAAAGCUGUGCCGUCAGCAAUCUGAAGAAGGUCUCCCUGGAGCUGGGCGGCAAGUCCCCACUCAUCAUCUUCAAUGACUGUGACCUUGACAAGGCAGUGAGAAUGGGUAUGGGAGCGGUUUACUUCAACAAGGGAGAGAACUGCAUUGCUGCUGGCCGCUUGUUCGUUGAAGAGUCGAUCCACGAUGACUUUGUUCACCGCGUGGUUGAGGAGAUAAAGAAAAUGAAAAUUGGUGAUCCCUUGGACAGGUCGACCGAUCACGGGCCGCAGAACCACAAGGCCCACUUGGAGAAACUGCUGGAGUACUGCGAGAUCGGGGUUAAGGAAGGAGCCACGCUGGUGUACGGGGGCAAGUGUGUCUCCCGGCCCGGCUUCUUCAUGGAACCUACCGUGUUCACUGAUGUGGAGGAUCACAUGUUCAUCGCCAAAGAGGAAUCCUUUGGACCGGUGAUGGUCAUUUCCAAGUUCAAAGACGGGGAUGUGGAUGGAGUGUUGCAACGUGCAAACGACACCGAAUUUGGUUUGGCCUCGGGAGUUUUCACCCGGGACAUCGGGAAGGCAAUGUACGUGAGUGAUGGGCUCGACGCUGGGACCGUGUUCAUCAACACUUACAACAAGACGGACGUGGCUGCUCCCUUUGGAGGUUUCAAACAGUCCGGAUUUGGGAAAGACCUGGGUGAGGAGGCACUCCAUGAAUAUCUCCGAACCAAAGCUGUGACGGUGGAGUAUUAGGUCCUCGUUACAAGAAUGUCUUCAUUUCCACCGACCCUUUGGCCAGACUUCAGCAGAAGAGAACCUGAGGAUUCAGCCUGGUUACAGCGGCGUCUAACAAAGGCAACUGUAUCCUACUGUUCAAUGCUCAGAAAACUAUAGUUUUUAGUUGCAGCAUUAGCUUAUACCCAAACCUUGCACAUUGAACACUGGGCUACAGUUGUAACUUACCAGCCUGUCAGUGUUGAGCCGCUUGAACCCCCCGAAUGGGGAGUUUCUUUCAGUUGGUGAUCUGGCCACUCAUUAUGUUGCAAAUUGCUGCAGUUUUCACAAGAUUUUUGUUUUCCCAACUGCAAAUAAUUUCACAAGUCCAUGUUUGGCAGUAUUUAACAAAACAUUUUUCCAAAAUUCCCAUUAUUCCUUGGUGUCUGAGAGUGGUGAUGCGGUGCAGUUGUGCCAGUGCAGCUGGGAACGUGUUUAUCAGCAAAGGAUGAUUUCAGAUCAGCUCCAGGCCCACCUGAGCAAUAGAUAACUGAAGCAACAUUUCAUAGCAACUGCAGGGAGCUGUUUGCUCGUCGCUGGAGUUCCAGCUAGGGAGAAGCUGCAGAUGGAAGUCCGUGUGGUUGAGGCUGUGGCUGGUUUUCUGAAGGACGACACAGAAACGACCUGCUGGCCUUGUGCACUAGUUUUGGGCAAGAACCAGGGCCACCUAACAAACUCCACGCCCUCCACCACUUGCCGUCUUUUAAUUGUAUAAAUUAAUGAAUGUUUGAAACAAAAAGUAAUCACUUUUUAAAACUUGGUACAGAUAAAAUGGCUGAGAAGUGGUUCAUUGAAUUAUUAUCCUAUUGUAUUAAUGCGGGGAAAUGCUUGCUCAUGUGUUAUGUCCGUUCAGAUGUUGUUGCUGUUAGAUUCAUUGGAUAAUCACAAUGAAGUGCCCUUAAUUUGGAUGUUUUUAGCCAGUGUAGAAGUCACCAUGAUCUAUGCACAUUUGAUCUAUGCACGAGCUUCAAAUCAGAAUAAUUUCCACAUUUGUGCCUCUGAACGCCAGCUCUCUCUGGGAGCAGUGCUUCUGUGAGGACACAAGUGGAGAGUGUGCUCUACAGUGAAUGUAAAAUCUGACAUCUACAUCCAGUAUGCCUCUUCUAGAAUACGCUGCAUAGAUUAUUCAAGUGUUUCGUUGAAGAAUGCAUGGUUCAUUUUGUUUCACUGGCCUGGAUAUCCAUUUGAAAACCAGCAAAAAGCUGCAGAUGCUGGAAAUCUGAAAUAAAAAAACAGAAAAGUGCUGGAAACACUUGGGCAGUAUCUUAGGCGAGAGAACCAGAUCACUGUUUCGGGUCAAUGACAUCAAGUGUGUUCACAGACGUGUUUUAAAUUGCACACUGGGGAGGGUGGAGAGAACAGAGCGGGCGUUGGGCUGGAGACGGUGAGAAUCCAGGUGACAGCAGUGUGUUGGUGCAUUCUCUGAGAGGCCAGGGGUUGUGUUCACUGCUCUCUCCGUCAGUACCGCCAGAGCUGUGUGACCAGGCACUGCCUCCCUUGCCUGCAGCCGCAUGAUCUCCUGGGAUCAGGGUGUGGAAAAACAAAGGCCAAAUAGUGCUCUGGAAAAUCUUGGGUGAUUGAGACUAGUGCAGGAAAUCGACUGACCCAGGGGUAACCUGGUGUUGGGGAGACAGUGAGUGCUGUGUCUGCUCGAGUGGAGCCUGCUUCCUCAUGAAGAGAGAGACACCAUCCUCCACGUCAGAUGGCAGUGAACACCAGAGGCUCUCUUUUCUCCAGGACACCCUCCCCACACCCUGCAAGGUUCCUCUAAUGUAUGUUUCAAAUCCUAUUGUGGAAAGUUAUGCAUCAAUGUAAAAAAUUUACAGUCCUAAUCUCAAAAUGCAUUGUGAUUUUAUUUUACUACAAGUAAAGCUUUGCUCUGCAUUCCAUCCGGUGCGAGAUCAGUUUUCUGUUGGGUUUUGGCUCCAUGUAAUGUUGAGCAUUUGCUGCCUACUCUUGGAUCAGUCGUCCCUGGCUGUUCUGGCACAUGGUUCCCUGAAGUAUCCAGAGUACGGGGUGUGUGAGAGUUCAACCGCCUCGAUGCCUGCUUGAUGUGAUUGCUGCCCAGUGGCUCUUUGGGUGGACCACUCCAUUUUACUGUAGAAUUUCUGUGUCUGGACUACAUCUGGUGAGGCAGAGAACAGUGCUGUACAGCAGCUGAGGGAUCUGGCAGCUGGUGCACAUUUGGCAAGAUUCACAUUUCCAGUCACUGAGAAGGGUCACUGACCUGUACGUGGAAACUCAAUAAAUAAAUCUCCCAGUAA